AUGUGUAUUUAUAAGACAGCUGCCGUCAGUGGAAAAAAGAUGGAAGUUAGUCCGACAGACAACACUAACAAUGCAACAGUGGGAAGAUUUAUGGUCGAUAUUGGAUUUAAAGGCUGGAGAGGGAUAUGGGUUUCGUACGACGAGUGUAAAGAAUCUGAGGAGAGUCUCAGCAAUAAAUCAAUAAUAGAGACAGUUGAUUUUGUAUUAAAUCAUCAGGACACCAUUUAUAUUGAUUCGUUGGAGUUUGGUCCCAGCCUUGCCUUUCAGUCUCGCGAUAAAAUUGUUCCACCAUUUACUAAAUUUGGCUCAAAGUAUAAUUAUUGGGAUUCAUGGCAGAAAAGUUAUAACUGGAGUCAACAGCUUCUGACAGCAACCCCAAAAGAUAUUGAUCCGUCAAAGAUUUCGAGCUUAUCCCACAUUGAAAGUCGAUUGAGAAACUUUUACUGUGACGAAAAAACAACGAUCUACGAUUUUUCGGGAACUGUGAGGAACCGAUGGAACGCUUUUAAGGAAAGUAUCAACAGUGCGCACACUGAAUAUGAAAGGCUCGAAUUUAAGACAGGCUUCGGCAAAAAGGUGAUUAGUGGUCCUCCCCUUUUUUGCCUUAGAUGUGCUAGGAGAACAAAAGAUUAUUCUUCCUCUCAACGGUUAAGAAAAUAUGUCUUCGUUAUGACAAAAAUAUUGCAGCCCCUGGCAAUAGAACUCCACUUAAAAUCUCGGACUGACGAAGUGAUAAAGACAGUAAGUAAGGAGACACCAAAAUUGAAUCCUCGGGAUAAUCAAGAGGAGAGCGCGGCCCUUACUCAAAUUUUGGAGAUGACAAACAAAUGCAAGACAAGUUUUGUAACCACUUAA